AUACUUCGGUGAGCACGUGAAUGCACCACAGAGGAUAGCGAGGUGUCCCACAUCAGCACGAGCUGCAGCGUCAACUGUCUCUACUAGGGUUGUGAAGCAGAGUCCCAGUCAAAGACAACCAAGCAGCGAGCUGAACUCCUGUGUCGAUUUGGUUGAUGCUGAGGGAAUUUUAAAGAAAGACUGCUGGUCUGCAGCAGGAAAACCAUGCAUCUGAAUUAUAUCCUGAUUUAGCCAGAGUUGAUGCACACAUGUGGCCCUGUAAGCUGUGACUGCGACCACGCUAUCAAGGAAAUUCCUCCAUCCUCCAGGGUCACCUCGAGAGAUUAACAACAGAUCAGAAGUCUACAGGGAGAUGGCCACUGAGGGAAACCAAACUGAAGUUGGCUCUGCAGCAGCAUUCCACCAUGUUUCACCUCUAUCCAGUGGGAGCAGACCCAGCAAACACGACAAAUAUGCAACUAAUCUGCAGGAAGCAAGGCGGAGCUCUGACCAGCGGUGGCUCUCAAAGCAGCGGAGCUGUCCUUCACUCCUCCUCCACAGGAAGCCGUCGUGUGACGAUGUCAAAGGGACUUUUUUGGACAAACAUUGUGAAGAGUACAAGUGCAACUUAAAAGUCAUCAGUCCCAAAGAAAAAGUGUCGAAGGAAGUCUCAACUGCUAAACAUGUUGAAAGAAAAACUACGACAUGUAGGAAUAAUUCAGAAGGACCUAUGUUCCUGGACAGUGCAGAAGAUAAUAUGAAUGAAGGUGGAAACAAAUCUACCAGUAGUCCAUGCUCCUGUGGCAUGUCUAGCUUUGAAAGAAGUAUGAAUUCUUGCUUAUGUGACAACCCUCAGCACAGUCCUAGCCCCGGCUCCAGUCCUGUUCAACAUUGUUACCUACGCCGUGGGAGCGUGCCUGUGUCCUUCCUGGCUUUUCGUAAGGGUGGUCCCUCCAGUGAGCCGAGCUCUUUGGCCUCCUCUCCCUGCGGCUCUCCCCAACUCUGCCUCCGCAAGCAUCACAAGAACGGUCACAUUUCUCUGUGCCAACUCAAAGAUGGAUAUUCGAGUUUAGAGAGACUAAAUAGAAGGCCCAAGAUUAAAGAAUGUUCCUUGGAUAAAGUGUUCUCUCAAAGUCCGUCUCUGGAAAUGAUACCAACAGCACUGGAGGCAUCUGCAGGAGGGGCCACAAUCUGCAACAGUGGGAGCAACAGCAGUGGUGAGGAAGAGGGAGACAUCCUGUCAGAUAGCAGAGAGUUUGACAGUAAAAAACGUUCCACUGUGCUGGUGAGGCGCUACUGCAAGAAUAAUGAGAAGGUGAUCAAGUCGGUGUCUGCAGGAACCAGCGCAAUUGUCAAAGAAUUGCCGUCAGGUUGCAUCUCAGAGGACACCUGUGGAAUUGUUAUUGAGCAUGCACUCUGGCGUCCUCGCAAAGAAGAUUUGUGGCCAAUCUUGACACAUGCAGAACAUUUCAGAGUCUGCAGGGAGAUGCUUCGUUCUGUCAGAGUGAGCCCACACCUGCACUGGUUUCUAUUUUGAAACCUACUGGUCUCUGAUAAAUUACCGAAGCACAUAUAGGGAAGGUUUUAGGGAAUUGAAUGGAUGUGCAGUCCUUCUCAUCUCCUGGUGAAAAAGUUUUGCCCAACUCUUUUCUAUACUCUGAUAAAGCAAGAUAAAUCUGCAGAAAAUUCCUGAUUCAGGGGAGAAAAAUGGUUCCCUGCUAUUGCUCGCCUCUGUUUUUGUUGAAAUGUUGUGCCUCUAAUGCAUGGAAGAUGAAUAAUUUGUACAAGGAAUACGUUAAUAGAGCAUGCACUCACACACACACACACACACACACACCGAAACACAGGCUCUUUGUUCAUGCGAGGCCCCUGCUGUGGAAAAUGAUUUAUUCUGUUAGUUCUGCUACCCGUAUUACUGACAGACUGAAUGACUGAGCCCUCUCUCUCUGUUUGUGUGUAUGUGUAAAUGGACUGAGCUGAGUUGGCAUCUGUGUUAGAUUUACAGCCACAGACAUUGUACAGAGAUGGAAGAUGGAGGCUCAGAACGCUAGUGGGCUAUUAUCAAGUUUCGAAACAAAAAGUGUUUCGUCAACAUGAAAACCUCUCACUGGAGCUGUUUCACUUUGGCAACAAGCAUUUGGAGACCAGACUGCUUUUCCCCACCUUUCAGCAGAACACAAUAAAUGAUAAGCCAUGCUGUUCGGUC